AUAUACAUUUAGUCCGAUGGAUGAUAAGAAAUCAUCACCGGUUCUUGUACCGGCUGAUGUGACGAUUUGUGAGAGUUUAUACUCUACUGGUAAUCGUCAUCUUCCUUUUUUGGAGCGUUUUGGGUUAUUACUUACUCCUGAGCCAUGGCGUUUUACAUUUUCUCGUAACGGUCGUCGUGACCUUGAAUCUGUUUUGACUAAGAGUUACGGGGACAAUGACGAUACCAUUACGGAGAUAUUGAAGACUCGUCAGGAAUCUGUACGUAAGCAGGUUUGUGCUCGUACUUUUAAUUUUUUUGGCACUGUUGGUUUGGGCGCUUUGACAUUGUAUUCUCUGAGGUACCAUUCUAUUAAGACCAAGGUUCUCGUUAUGCCAUUUGCUACUUAUGCUGGUUCAUUACUUGGUCGUGCAUUUGGCGAUUGCUAUUUUGGUCGUUGGGAGGAGUAUGGUCGUGAGCGUGCUCUUGGUGAUUUACCUGGGAAGCGUUACAUGACAGAGUCUGAAAUUAGAUCGUACAGUAACUGAGUUGUAAAUUUUU